UGAUUUCCAUGGCCAGAAUUUUUGGAAGUAAUUGGCACUGCCGCGUCAAACAAAGCUGUAGGAAAGAGACCGAGGCCAGCCCUGAUGUGUUGUGCUUUCUUCUGAUCGCCAGUGAUUUUACUAAUGAAAUAGUUUGUAGAAACGUUGAGGAUGGCGGCCAAUCAAAAGUCGAUUGUUGAUGCACUUGGAAACUCAGCAGAAAAGACUGAUCAUGGGUUUCGCAGCGGCUUUUCAGAUAUAAAUAGCAAGGAUCGUUUCAAUCUGGCAAAGAAUUGGUCGAGUUCAGCGAAGAAAACUGCCUCUGGAACGAAGGCAACCCGAGGUGCAGUGACAUCGCUUGGUCGCACAAUCACUGAUGACCGGCAACGCCAUCAGAUGCCUGAGCUCACGUUUGUGGCAAAUGGUCAAACAAAGCCCACCGGUGGUGCCCUUCCCCCCUUUACGCACCCAGACAAGGGUGUCUUUGAGAAGUUUAACUCAGUUAAUUCGAACUUGCUGAGCGUCGCCAAGAAAGCAGAUUCUCACGGCUUGCGCUGCGUACAAGCAUCACAGGCAAACAGUAGGAAACAUCACUCCCUGCUCAAGACUGCAUCAAGACCUAAAUUAACGGCGCCCAGAGAGGAUCCCUUGUACUCGCCUCCUGCCAAGAAAAGGAAAGCAGCAAGCCGUGACGGCAGGUCAGCCACGAAUCCAGUUUGCGUGGACGACAGUUCGGGUGACGAAACCAGUCAGGGGACUCCAAAAAAUGAUGUUGAAUCUACCACUCAAUCUUCAAGUGAUGACUUUCGCCGCCCGUCUAUCAGGCAUACAACGAAGCCAGUGCGAUUAAACCGUCGCAGCAGCAUCUCCCCAUCCGUAUCGUCCACGACCAGCAACGCCUACCCCCUGAAGCAGCAGGCACUGUUCAUUGCCGAGAAAGUCUGUGUUGGUACACUGCCCGGGGUCGUGGUUGGGGAGGUUUGUGUGGAGGGAGAGGGCUUACAAUCCAGUAUCAGAUUCCGAAUGGCAGUGGAAGUAGAUGAUAACGAUUUCGCUGUCACAGUCCAACUCAAGACCGUAAUAAAAUGGGACUAUGGAGCCUGUACGGAGCCCACGACGCACCUAUUGCGUUUGAGGCUCACACCGGCAGGCGCAACUCAGAUGCGGACCCGCACUCCGGCUAUUUUCAAGAAGGAAGUAUUGAAUCCGGAGAUGUGUGAUGAUUUGGCGUAUGUUACCUUCUUUCUGCCUGCGCCGCUCAGUGAAAGCGAACAGCUCAACAUGCAGUCUAUUGCUGACAGCUGCAAUGCCAAACUAUCACCUGAGACUUGGAGUAUGAUGAGCGCGUCUCAUGUGAUAGCUUUCACUGAUUCUCUCAGUGUGAGAGGGGAAGGCGCAAUAAAAGCUGUGGCAGAUGCAAGAUCCCAGCAGGCAUCGCUAGGGGCCAAACCCUACAUGUCGCAGCCGGAAUCGUUCUACGGCAGCAGCAGUGUGGCUUCUUCUACUACGCCCUCCCUUUCUGACCCAUGGUCGUCUCCAAUACGACGAUCUACCCGACGCUCCACUCGCGUGAAUACGUUGCAUACGGACUAUGAAUUUAACGUUCCUGCCAGGGUCUCAUCGAAGGUCUCAUCCUCCAUCUCAACCCUGCCUCAGGACUACGUAAAACCGAUUCCAGAUGACAAUCCACGAGAGCUGUUGACAUACCCACCCCUGCCACAGACCGGUGGGAUCACGGUGACGAGCAAUGAUCUUCUUUGCUUGCAGCCGCAGGAGUUCCUGAAUGACAUUAUCAUCGACUUUUACCUCAAGUAUCUCUUUCAUGAGCUGCCGGAGGAGAAACAGGCCAAGGUGCACAUGUUCAACUCGUUCUUUUACCGACGUCUUACACAGCGCCAGGCCGGUGGUUCGACGCGUUCAGCGGCAAAGAGUGGUGGCCUAGUGGGGAUAAGUAACUCGCAUCAAGAGAUGCAUGACAGGGUCAAGAAGUGGACACGCAAUGUCGACAUCUUCGACAAGGACUUUGUCUUCAUUCCCAUCAACGAACACGCCCAUUGGUACUUGGCCGUGAUCUGCUUUCCUGGGGCGGAUGGGCCUGUGUUCGAAUCGAAGCAGUCGGUAAACACGGCAGCUGAUGUUAGUCCUAUGGACAUGGAUGCAGAUCAUGCGGAACACUCUCACAACCAUAAUGGUGUCUCCACUGGUGGUUCUCAUUCAGCAUUAAGCUCACCUAGCGAUGCGGAAGAGGUUCCCGACGAAGACACCAGGGACAGCGAUGACGGAAGUCCGCUAGUGCGCACUCUCAAUCCUGUCGUGAUCACUGAUGUUCCAUCGCAGGAUCGGUAUGGUGCCUCUUCACCGUCAGACAGUAGGAUGGACACAAGUCCAACAACACCGGAAACUAGCAGCGUAUCAGCCCGCAAUUAUUCCAGGCAGAUACUUUCCGACGGUGACAGUGACAGUGACGAUGACGGCCUUGAGCGGAUGGACGAAGAAGUACUAACUCCAUGCACCGGCGCUCCAGCUGCAGACGCGUGGGACACUUCCGGAGAAUGUGACGGCGACCAAGAUGAGAAUGGAGAGGAAAGUGAAGAGAGCGAUGAGGAGAAAUACAUGUCUACCACUGAAACAAUCUCCAACGCAGCGCAAGCGCAACUGCACCGGACAACUUCCACUGUUCUGGUGGAUGACUCCUUAGAUAGUAUAUUAACCAUUGAUGACUCUUCUACUCACACCACGUCAAGUCGUGCUGUUGUGUCUGUGGACGAUGCGGUACUAGUGUGCAGUGAAAGUAGUUCCCCUCCACCUCUCAUCACCAUCAGCAAAUCCCUCGGCCGCACCAUUGUCCUGAGGACGAACGAGGAGCGCGACAGGCUCGACGCAAACUUUUCGUUUUUUGCUAAUCAAGACUCCGUGACCUGUGACGUUGAUGCUGCUACUGCUACUGCUGCUGCUGCUGCUUCUACCGAGACGCUUCCCGACAAGAGUGACGUGCAGAACUGGCCACAUUGUUAUGACUUUGACAAGCCAGCAACAGAGGAGGAUGAGGUGGCCAGACCAGCAUCGACACUGAAAAGGAGGCGAAAUGGUCGCGGAUUGAGAAAACCUGCAAUUAAGUCUCAGCCAUGCAUCUUACUGUUUGAUUCGCUUGGAAGUCGCUACAGGAAUAGAGUCAUCGCUAACUUGAGAAGCUAUCUUGCAGAGGAGUGGGCAGCCAGGAAAGGUAGUCCGCGGCCCUUCAACGCCGCCACCAUGAAAAGUGGUUAUCCCAAGGUGCCGCAGCAGGACAACUUCUGUGACUGCGGUGUGUUUGUGCUGCAAUAUGUGGAGAGCAUGUUGCAGAGCCCCAUCCAGAACUACCGUCUUCCGCUUCACAUUGCCGAUUGGUUCUCCCAGGAGACCGUGGGCCGAAAGCGCCAGGACAUCAUCAGCUUGAUACAGCGCCUGGAGCAGGAGUCAGUAGGGGCGGCGCGUGAUACCUCCUGAUCA